UCCCGAACACAGAACUACAAUAAAACAUCGUAUUUGUCGAAGAACCAAUCGUAGUAACAAGGGACCACCAGCGCUCGAAGAGAUAACACAAGAAAACACGCGUAUUCCGCGAUAAUAAAAUCAUCUCAUUGAAAUAAUGAUACGGGAAAAGCUCUUCACCGUGUUGCUUCUCGGUCUUCUCGCGAUAGCUGUUAGUUUGCCUCAACAGCCGAAAUCCAAAAGGCCUACUCCAGUAUUUAAGCAAUCUAAAACUGGUGGCUUGCUGCUUCCCGACAACGCAACGCUCAUUCGCGAGAACAUCGUCGAUACCUUUUCGUGCAACGACAGAAUUUACGGUUAUUAUGCCGACAUGGAGAACGAGUGCCAAGUGUUUCACGUAUGCAUGCCGCAAACGAGGGGAUCAAUUAGAUGGAGCUUCAUUUGUCCCGCCGAGACAGUUUUCAACCAAGCAACAUUCGUAUGUACACAAACGGAAAGCUCGAUACCAUGCGAGGAAUCGGAAAAAUAUUAUGUUUUGAACGAGUACAUCGGAAAGGAGGUGGAAGAAGAAGAAGAGGCGGAUCAGGACCGAGGAAAGAAAAAUGCGACGAAGAUUUUGGAACCUGAAGUAGAAACGGUGUCGAAAAAGUCAUUCCCGAAAAAUUCGAGAUUGCUAAAUGAAGAGAAGUUGUUUCGGCUUUAUUAAAAGAAAUAUAUUUUUUCCUAUUUAAAGGAAAUCGCUCUAUGAAAUGUGGUGAUUAUUAUGAUUAGCCAAUCUCAAUUAGAAGAUAUUUUAGCUUGUUUUUCGGUCAAGAUUGACUAAACGCUCAUUUAGAAUUUAAAAUAAAUCGCUUAUAGAUCGCUUAUAAACUUGCCUUCUAAAAGCUCUCGUAAUGACAAAUAGUACAUAAAACUAACAUUUAAAUUAUUGUCACACGUACAAUGUACAAAAUAUGUUAUUUCAAUUAUGCGAUGUGUAAAAUAAAAUUC